UUAAUUGUUCAUAUUAGUAAUUAAUUCGUGUUAAUUAAUUUUUCUUCUUAUAUAACUUAUAUAAUAAUAUCAGAAGAAACUUUACGAGUUUAGGCGACGCGCGACGUAGCGAGAGUGUACGCCCGAAACUUCGUAAUCCGAUCGAUAAGGAAACCAUUAUAAUUGUAUAUAAUUGUAUAUAAUUGUAACUUGUACUGUAGUUGUACUGUAGUUGUACUGUUUUAUUUUUAUAGUUUUAAGGUAUUCGGGUAUUCCGAUAUCAUUAUCAACAUUACACAACAUUUAAAAACCGACCAACAUAUUAAAGCCGUUAAACGUGCUGAAAUCCAAGCUGAAAAAAACAACAAUUAGUUACCAACUUUACCAAAAAGUCGUCGUUUAGUAAAAACUUGUGUUUUGCGUUGUUAUCGGCAAAUAUACCACUGAAUAAAGUUUCAAAUCAAAGCUUUCGUACAUUUUUGGAAGUUUAUACCGGAAAUAAUGUUCCUACAGAAACAAACUUGGGACUUGGAUACAUAGAUGACAUUUUUGGCGAAACAAUGAGUAAAAUUAAACUUAAACUGCCUGGUAAAAAAUUUUGGGUUAGUAUUGACGAAACUACCGAUAUAGAAGGUACAUUUGUUGCUAAUGUAAUUGUUGGUAUAUUUGAAGCAGAUUACCCAGGUAAACAAUAUUUGGUACAUUCAGAACAACUAGAAAAAACAAAUUAUUCGACUUUUGCCAGAGUAUUCGACAAAUCUAUUGGAAUCAUUGGUAUUCAACAUAAGAAUGUUUUAUUGUUUACAUCCGACGCCGCUCCCUAUAUUAUGAUAAAAGCUGGUAAUACAUUGAAAGCAUUUUAUCCCAAAAUGAUUCAUAUCACGUGUACGGCUCAUGGACUCCACCGAGUAGCAGAGGAAGUAAGAGGCAAGUUUAGCAAUGUCGAUAAACUUACUUCUAGUGUUAAAAAAAUAUUCCGAAAAGCACCAAACCGUGUUCAACUAUUCAAAGAUGAAGCUCCUCAUUUACAAUUGCCACCGGAGCCUAUUAUAACACGUUGGAGUACGUGGAUCAUAGCCUCAAAUUACUUGUUCGAACGCGGAACAAUUUUGCAUGUCGAUAUAUUAUAUAUGUAUUUACUCGCUUCGGACACCACGGUGCAGCGGAGAUAAAAGCGCUCAGCAAGUUCCCCCUCCAGUGUCCGGCGACAGGUCGUCUGGCGAUAGCUACGCCGCUAGACAGUUGGUUGUACGACCAGCGACACCUUUGUUUUAUCUUUUUGCAACGGUUGGGCGCGACACACAUCUCUGUCCGCCCACCAUUAUUGCGUGCUAUUGUGGGCCGCCGCACCCAAUCUUAUGAGUUGUGGUCAAUUUUUAUAUUCGACGAUUCUGUCGGUACGAGUGUGCGUUACCCCAGGUAAAUUAGCCACCAUUUGAUGCUUUUGUCUUCACGUGUGCAAUACGGCUAACCAUUUGGUGGGACAUCGUGUCAUCGCCCCAUAUUUCGAGGGCGAAGGAUUCCGUGCAUCGCCUGACAACUUACGUCGAACCAGGGAUUCCGGGCAUCGCCUAACAAAUUACUUCGAACCAGGUCGUCCUUUGUAAUUUGUAUUAUAUAUAUUGUUUGAACAACAUGCCACUACACGUAUAUAUGCGGACCCAUUUGGAUACACUUUUGCAUGGCAGUUGUGUGUGCACCCCCAAAAGUGUUCAGCUACAACAGGUGUUCAAGAACUCUUUGAUACAGGAAUUCUGUGUUUGAUGUCGUUAUUCAACAUACAAGUAUUUCUAUUAACUACUAUUUACUGCUAAGAGGGACCAAGAAAAUACUAAGUAAGUACACAUUUGAGCUUUUACUUAUUUAUAGUCGCAGGCUAGAAAAUAAUCCGUAUACUAGCGUGUAUUCAUCUUAAUAGGUUUUGAAAAUUUUUCCAGUUUCCAGUUAAUUGCUUAUAAGUAUUAGUUAUUAAUAUUAAUUAUUCUGAUAAAUUAUUUUGAACACUGUCACCUUAGAUUAAUCUUUGUUGAAUUAUAAAAAAAAUAUACUUAGAUUUUACUUCUGCCAAGGAAUUUAAACUAUUUAUCAGCAUUGACAACCGCAUCUCAGAUAUUUUUACAGUGACAACACUUUAAUUAUCGUUGUAGAUUAGAUGAUUGUAAGUUUAUGUAAAAAGUAAAUUAGGUACCUACACUAAAUUGCAUUAAUUAAAAAUAUAUAUUUUUGUUGAAUAAUUCAAUAUCGGUUUUUAUUUUAUGGAUUAAUUUUAAUAAUUGCCAAAAUAUAAUUAAAAAAGUUUAGAAAGUGGCCUACCGUCUGCUGGUAGGUAAGUGUCCAUAGGGGAUAGCAUAGACUUAUUACUUAUUAAUAUUUAUUUAUAGGUAUAUGCCAAUAUCUACUCUAUGGUCUAGAUUCUAGAGUUUAGAUACUACUUACAACCUAUCUAUCACAUUGCUUAUAGAUCACAAGUCAUUGAUCCCGAUGCCUAGUUAAUAUUUAUAUUUUUAGAAAUCUUAUGCUGGGUUGCAUAAACAAUUUAAUGGACCAAUUGUAGGCCAUUAAAUCUUGUUUAAGGAAUUAGCUCACAAUUGAUUCAUUAAAUGUUUUGUGAAACCCGGCAUUAGAAUCAUAUCCUACGUUUAUUGGGUAUUGUCAAAAAUAAGUACCUAUGAAAUAAUAUCAAUUCCUACAUAAAACAGCCAAUUUGAUUAUUAUUCCAUUUCAUUAUUUUUAUUUCUGGUACCUAUCUAUAUAUUGCGCCUAUUUGUCUGGUAACAUAUACAUGGCCAACCAAUGGAUGAUACAGAUGAGGACAAGCAUGAUUAAAGAUACACGUGAGAAUAUUUAAUGAAAUAGCGAAGAUUUUAUAACGACAAUAGUUAUAAUGGCGUUCAAGGGACCAGUGGAUAUAGGAAUACAGGUCAUAAUAAUUAAUAAACAAAUAAUUCAUAAUAAGCAGGGAUGUAGCCUGUAGUGAGCAUUUUAAAAUUUAAAAUUUAAAAUUUUUAAAUGCUCAUAGCUCGCUUUACAAUUAAAAUAUAUAGAUAAGUAGGUACUAGGUACUCACAUUUUGCUAUAAUCAAUAUAUUUUUUUAUUCAUUUUUAAUUUUAACAAAGUUCAGACGUUAUUUGUUCGACCUGACGUUCCAUUAUAUUAUUUUAUGUUUUUCACAAACCAUAUAAAAACAAAAAUAAAUAAUAAUAUAUAAUAUUGUGUUUUUAUUAAUUAAAUAUUAUUCAUUGUGGGGAUCAUCCCAUUCAAAUAAGAGGAAAACAAAAAUUAAAUUAAACUAUUAAUAACCAGGUUUGUCAUUCAAUUAUUUUGCAUUACCACACAUAACGUCCCACAUUCGGCAUUACGGCGCAAGGUGGACUAAUGAAUUAUAUACGCUCCUAUUAACUAUACAGGUUUUAUAAAUAAUUAAGUGUUGUACAAAAACUGCUCAAUUUGAAAAUACUUAUU